AUGGAAACAUUAUCAACAAGAGGUAAACUGUUAUCCGAAAGUUUAGCAUAUAUUAUUCCAUAUUUUGUUAAACUAAAACUGAAUCCUUUUGAUGAAAUUAUUAAUCCAAAUGGUAUAUUAAAUUUGGCUGUAGCUGAAAAUGUAUUGUGUGAAAAUAUUUUAGUUGAAAAGUUAAAAUCUAUACAAACAUGGGCACCCGAAUAUAAUUAUUAUCCAAAUCCGUGUGGAGAAUACAAUUUACGAACUGAAUUAUGUAAGUUUUUUCAAAACGUUUUCCAGUUAAACCGUGUUGAAUUAAAACCUGAACGGAUGUUGAUUACCAACGGAGCAGCAGGGGCUUUUAGUGUUUACAGUUAUAUGCUUGGAGAUAUUGGAGAUGUGUUUCUUAUUUCAUCACCAUACUACACAACUAUCGAUCAUAACGUCGCUGUUUUAACACAAAAUACAGUUGUUCGAUGUCCGUUACUAGAUCAAGAUAAGGGUUUAUUCCGAUUGACAGUUGAUGUUUAUCGUCAGGGUUAUUUAUCGACAAUUGAACGUGGAUUAAAACCCAAAGCUAUCAUUCUGGUUAAUCCUCAGAAUCCACUUGGUGAUAUUUAUGAGGAAGAAACAUUGAGAUCAAUAUUAGAAUUUGCUUGUGAAAAGAAGUUACAUGUAAUCGUGGAUGAAGUUUAUGCCUUAAGUGUGUUCAAAUUACCAACACAAGCACACUUUCAAUCGGUUUUAAAUUAUAAAUCACUGCCAGAUCCUGAACGGACACAUUUUCUAUGGUCAUUUAGCAAAGAUUUUUCAUUGCCAGGAAUUCGAAUUGGUGUACUGUAUUCUGGCACUGCUGAAAUGUGUAUGAUUGCACAAAAAAUCAACUUUCUCAUGGUACCAUCAAAAUUUGUUCAAGAAACUAUCACUACUCUGUUAUCUGAUAAUGAAUGGGUUAAAGAAUAUUUGAAAAUUAAUCAACAAAGACUAACUCAAAAAUUCUUUUAUGUUAAAGAGCAAUUAGAAGUGAUCAGUAAUCAACGUAUCGAAGUUUAUCAAUCAAAAUCUGGUUUUUAUAUUUGGGCUAAUUUUCGUCGUCUUUUAAAAGUGAAAACAUUUGACGAAGAAAUGAAACUAUUUAAUGUUCUAUUUGAUAAUGGUGUUUUUAUCUCAAGAGGUUUUGAUUUGGGCUGUUCGGAGCCUGGUUGGUUUCGAAUUAUAUUUUCAUUGAAGGAUUCAUGGAUAAGUGAAGGAAUAAAUCGACUUAAGUUAGCAUUUGACAGAUAUUAA